AUGUACCCUAGUAAGGAGGAAUCAAAAUUAAGCGUCUCCAUUUUGGAAAGAAAAAAGACUAAGAAGACAACACAGAACAAUUCCUUCGCACCUCCAUUGACGUCCUACUCAUCCGAAACACCGGGGUCUACCUCCCUGACGAGGAAUCAUGAGUCUCGUGGUCCCAAUAAUGGCCUUAUAAUUACAGAAGAAACCUCAGUACAUCAACACAACUUGAACUACCUUUCACAUCAGGUUUCAAGUAAGCUAAAUGAGCUUGAUAGUUAUAGAACCCUGGGAUUUAACUAUCUCCAACCACCAGGCAUAUCCACAACUAUGAAAAUGAGAAAAGCCCAGGAGAAAGAACAGAAGGAACACAGUCACACACAAGAGGUUCAUACUACCGAACAAGCUCAUUACAGCCAGAUUAAUUCAGAAGAAGUGGGCAAUUCGGCCAUGUCCUUGAUUGAUAUGGAUAGCAGUUUCCACAUGGAUUACGAGGGGCUCAAUAACUCCAAUAUGUUGGAUGAUCAAAGCAAUAUUUCAGCGCAAUCUCAUGAAGAUUCGGUAAGCUUCGAUGAAGAUGAAAAUGUUGACUCCGAUUUCAUGGUUAUAGAAGAGGACGAAGAUGAAGAUGAGGAGUUUGAAGUUGGAGAAAUUGAAAGUCCAGAGAGACAGAAUGAAAUAAACGAAGACGAUAGGGUGUUAGCAAUUACAGCUCCGACUAGAUUUCAGAGCAAUAGACUGCAUCCUAGGUUUUCCAGCGGGUCUGUCAAUUCUAAUUCUCACUUGAGAAAUGAAGUCACCUACUCGGAAGAUGAAUGUUGA